AUGGAUGAGCUGUCCUCUGCUGAAGAAGACAGUUUGGACAGCCCUCAAUCCCCCCUCUCCUCAGGGACCCUCACACUGACCCCUUCAGCUGCACAGAUGAUCACUCUGCCAACGUGUGUCCAGAAGAUAACUGCAGAGAACAAGAUCAACUCUGAGAACUGUAUCCAAAAACACAAGAAACCCAACGACGACAGGCCAAAGAUGAAGAAGCUGAAGUACCAUGAGUAUGUCCCUCCAGACCAGAAGGGGGAUAAAGAGGCCCCUCCUAAACUGGACUCAUCCUACGCCAAACUGCUCCAGCAGCAGCAGCUCUUCCUGCACCUGCAGAUCCUCAGCCAGCAGCAGCAGAGCCAGACUCACCAGCAGAACAAGACUGACCAAGAGCAACUGCGACCCUCUUCAGUGGAUGCACCUUCGGCCAGUGCUCACAAAGCUCCAGCGGAGGAGAGCUUCAAGCAAGAAGGUCUUCCCCAAAACCUGGACGAACUCAAGGUCGCUGAACUCAAGGCUGCGCUGAAGCUGCGAGGCCUCCCCGUGUCGGGCACCAAGAGCGACCUGAUGGAGAGGCUCAGGGUGCACCAGGCAGGCGGCAGCGGUCGGGACAGUACUCGUGCUCAAUCUCCAGGGGGUGCCAUAGAGCUAGGGGCAGAGGGAGCAACAAAGAUGUCAAGAGCAGCUGCUAAUGGUCAUCUCUCACCAGCCAUUAAACCACACACUUCCACUUUUCAACGCAAGAAAUGUGACAACAAUUCCUCCCGAUGUGAGUUAAACUCUCUUGAAAACACCUCGAUCGUUACUGAGCCGAAAGAGGGCACAACAGAAAUGCUUGACCAUCGUCCAGCACCACCUCCACGACUCUGCAGUAUCAAAGAAGAGCAGCGGAGCCCUAUCCCAGUGUCUCUUUACAUACAGAAAUGUCGCUUGGUGUGCCCUGCCACUUCCAACUUACCAACACGCCAAAAAUCUCCAGCCCUGCUGGCAGAUAAAGACUCGAUGUUGCGUCAGAAGGACCGCCAGAUCGAGGAGCUCAAGAGGCUGCUGUUGCACAAUCAGCAUUUAGUGGAUAUGCUCAAUAUUAAACUGGAAAAGAGGAAGCGACAAGAGCAAAAGAUGGAGCUUUUGAGAGUAGUACCUCCGGAUAAAAACAAUCAAUGUUCAAAGACGCCAUUUUCAACCGGUGAAAUCGCUGUAAAGGUUAAGCAAGAAAUUCUAAGCGAUGACUAUAAGGAAACUGGACCACAACUUGAGUCUAAGCUCACUGAUGGGAACACUGGACAACAUGGCCGACAUCUACAGGCAGUUCACAGACUUUUGCUCCAACAACAACGCAGACUCAACAGGCAGCAGCAGCUGGUGAUUCCAAGGGAAAACAGAAGCGCAGAGCACAAGCAGAAAAAAGUGUGUCAAGAGAAAAAGAUGAAGACGCUCCAACGGCAGCAAAGUACAGAGCUCGACUCAAAACAGAUUCUGCAAAGACAAGAGAGGAGGCUCAAGGGGUGUCAGCGCAUUCAAGUCCUGACCCAGAGAGACUUAGAGCUGCAAUCCACACAGAUCUCUCCAGUGUGCCCUGAAAAGAAGCUCAGCCACAUGCCAGCUUUAGUCACCGAUGGCAACGGAAACCACUUCCUGAUCUCCCUGAAGAAUUCUGUCACAGAAAGUCAAACCCACGGGGACACACCCAAACCCAUCACAUCUCAGCAGUUCCAGAGCUCUCCCUCUGAUGUCCCUGGACACAGCUCUGCUCAGCUGCCUGCUGCUGAUAAUGAAGACAGAGCGAUUAUGCACAUGGGAGGCCUCACGCAGCAAAGCACAAAGGCAGAGUGCGCAGGAUUGCAGCAACACUUCACUGAGAGGCUGUGUGAGAGCGACAACUCGGACACAAGUGGACACUCACAAGAAAUAUGCACCGGCCUGGAUUGGAUCUUUAGUCCACUCUCUUCCACUACUACCUCACCUGAUCCCAAAGAUCCGCUACAUGAAGACUUCAUCGACAUCAUACUGAAGACAGGAGAUAUCUCCAGAUUCAAACCGACUCCUGAUCCUUCCUUAGAUGACCUCCACCACUCUCCCCCUUCUCCGCCAAUGCUGCUGUCACCCACCGUUGCCUCCUGCUUUGACCCGGCCAAACCAGCACCCUCAGCACCCCAUACGUCACCCGGACGGCUAGAGGACUUUUUGGAAAGCACAACGGGCCGGCCACUUCUUGGAGUGGAGCCCGGCGGUCCGCUGACUCUGAUCGAUGACCUCCACAGUCAGAUGUUGUGCACCCCCAGUAUCUUGGACCACCCCUCUUCUCCCAUGGACAUUGAGCGGGCUGUGGACACUGUGGACUGGUUCUACAUGACCAUGGAGGACAACUACGGCAAGGAUUUAAAGCUAGCCCCAACGUCACCCCCUGCUGUCUUUUCUGCAGACUUCCUGGACACUUACGACCUGGAGACGGCCUGGGACUCCUGCUUGUAA